UAAUAGCGCAUGCGUAGUCCUCUCGUGUUGGCGUUGGCGAACAACUGUUAAAAAAAUUGGUUCAGAAAGAGGCGAAAUCAGAAGUUUGUUGACGCGGGACUACGCUUUGUUAUAAAAAAAAAGUUUUUUGUCUCGUUUCAUUGAGAAAAAAUGAACAACAUAAUUUAACAAACAAAAGAAAAUUUAAUCCAAUUAAUCACAAAAAUUAUAACGUUUUUAAGCGUGUGUAUCGUAUAAUAUUUGUGUUCAACGUUCAAAAGUGUUUGUAUUGUAAUAGAAGGUGGUGGAUAUUUUAAUUGUCGCCCAGUUCUCUCUCUCUCUGGCCAUUUCUCUCUUCCCCCAUUUUUUUGAGUGUAAUUUUUUUCCCACCAAAAAAAAACAUGGCUGACGCCGAAGUGGAACUCGAAAUUUGCACUAUUCUACUUAUGUGUUGAAAAUAAUUAUAAAUUAUUUCACUUUGGAGAAAAGCAAGGGAAUUUAUAAACACUGUGCCUGGUGUGUUAUAUUGCUUACAAUCGAAACUAACCUCAAUUUUGAAAGAGGUGGUUUUUUAAAGCGCACGUAAAUUUAUUACAAACAAGUGAAACAAAAUCACAUUAUUUUUUUUUGACAAUGUGUCGACAACAAAGAACAUUUUUCGAAAACAAUUAUCCUUUUGGAAAUAAUUAUAAUUAACAAGUGAGGAAGCGUCUUUGGAGUUCUAGAAUUUUUGUCAACACGCACACAACUCUCCUGCACCCUUUUCUAUAAUUUGGCCCUGCAGUUAAACCUUGAAAGAUGUCUUAUAAAUCCGUGCCAAACAUUUUAAGUCGAAACAUCAAUAUUACUUGUUCCAAAAUUGGCAGCAACUCCGCCCUUUCUGAAGUUUUAAAAUCGGACGCGGUGAAGCGUCUCUUCAAUCAGCCGAACAUCAUUAUCAAAACGAUUCCUCUCGACGAGCCAUCAGAUUCAAAUUUAACGAACACAAAUGGCUUUCCUGACAAGAGAAACGGAAUUCAUGACGAUUUGCCAAAUGUAUUUGAACCUGACAUAUCAAUUCAUGCAGUAAAACCUACGAGCAGUGUCGAAAAAAUAGACGAUUCAACAUUGUUGCCCUCGAAGAAUGAGGGAAAAUCGGAAAUUGCCCUUGUUCCAAUAAAGCGCAAGAAGAAAAAUUGCAAUCAUUUUGAGCCGUGCGAGAAUAUUAUUUGUGACGUUAACGUAGAACAAUACGUCGAUCAAGAUGGAGUCGAGCCAAUGCUUGCCAUUAAUAUCGACGAAGACGAAAUAAAUGCCCCAGUCUCAAAGCACUGCAAAAACGAAAAAUGCGAUGCCCUCAAUAUCGAUCACGAUCGUUGUCGACGUGCACUAAUCAAACUCAAUCGAGUCGAUAGACGUGGUCCCUGUGAUAUCUGUGGUCUUAGACUAAAAUACAACAAAUCCCGAAUCCAUCAUCGCAAUUGCAAGAGAAAAAACGAAUAUCGUCACAAUGAAAACGACGGUGCACAAGUUCUACGGGAAAAAUUACGCGAACGAGAACUACAACUACUCGAAGCUGCCAAGUUGAAGAAAAACGACUACAUGGAUCCCGUUAAUGGUUACAGUAAGGCUUUGGAAGCUCUACAAAACAAUGACGAAUUAAUCGUCAUUCCAAAAACAACAACACCCCAACAAACGCCAAUUAUAACCAUCACCACUGUACCAAGUAAUUCGGGAGUAAAUCAACAAUUUCCGAAUAUAAAAGACGUGUUCGGCAGUAUUUUGCCAAAUCUCCCGAUAAUGCUCUCUCAAUCAAACGUUGUUAUCGGCAAGAAAAUCGAGGACCGCUCCUCACCACCGCCUCUGAAACCAAUAAACAACACAACCGGUGGGACUUUGACCCAAAUUUUACAAAAUCCCUUCAUUAAAGUCACGGGAAUUCCCCAGGGUAGUUUCGUCCAACCGAUGUCGAUCAACGACUGGCUAAUGACGCAGCAAGUCGUCACAACGCCAAUACAACCCAAACCCUUCCUAACACCCAUUCGCGUCGUCCCGAUCGCUAAUCUCAAAACCCAACCUUCUCUUCUUCAUCAAACCCAAGGCAUUCCCAGGUUCUGCAUCAUGACCGACACCGGGAUUCGUGUACCAACUCCGGCCCAAACGCAGCAGCAGCAGCAAACUCCCCAAGUUACCCAGCAGCCAAUACAACCGAAACCACCCAAAACUCAACAGUUGGUACCUCAGUUACAAAAACAACCACAAAAACAACCGACACCAAAUAUAAUAAAAUUCCGCGUUGUACAACCGGGAACGGAGGUGAAACUCGUCACCACCUCGGCUCAAGAGGCAAGAGCGGCGAAGAAUCGAAUAUGGAAGAAGAACGCCCGUCUUCGAAAGAAAAGAGCCGGACGAAUGUUCAAUUGCACCUACUGUCCGAAACGCUUCUCAACCGAUUGGUACUUCAAGAUGCACGUGGCGCGACACCGAGGCGAAAUGCUAUUCUCCUGUAAACUUUGCGAAGAACCGUUCAGCAAUAAAUACGAUAUCAAGAAGCACGUUGGCAAGGAGCACAAGGAAGGUCAAGUACGCUGUGAAGUCUGUGGUUUUAUCUUCCCCUCCGAGGACGAUCUGCAAAAACACAUGAAAUCCACCACACGUUUAAUGUGCGAGGAAUGUAGGCAAACAUACAAGACAUGUACAAUUUUACUCGAACAUCAAAAGAAGCAUGGCUCUGUUGUUUGCGUACAAUGUCGAAUACAAGUACCAAAAUUAAGGUACAAAAAGCAUUUAUUGGUACAACAUGGUAUGUCAAAGACAAAAAUUGAAAAUGAAUGCACAAAAAUGAAAUGUCCGAUUGAUUGUGAUUUUGCGAAUGAAAAGGGUGAGAAGAAGAGUAAUGGAAUUAAGCAAGAAAUUAAUUACGACGAGACUGAUUCAAUUAGCGAUCAAAUUUCAAUUCAGGAUGAAAUGACAUUUAUUAAGGAGGAGAGUAAUGGAAUUGAUUCGGAGGAGGACAAUGAUAGUGAUGAUGAGGGGGCAUUGGAGAUUAAUGAAGACGGCGAUGAAACUGAAAUUGACGAGGAGGAUAUUAAAUUGGAAUUGCCGAGAGGCUCUUAUGAAUGUCCUGGAUGUGGCGAUGAUUUUGAUACUGAGGAUGAACUCUCCGAACAUAAUGAUACCUGUCUACGAGCCGCUCUCAAACUUUCCCUGUUGAAGAAUCCGAACAAAAGUCAAUCGAACUGCGAUUUAGCGUUUUCAAAUCGAGUAUCGGAAAAUGGAAGGAAGGAGAACAAGGAAUCUUCAAAAUCAGCUGAGACAACGUAGACAAGAAGAAAGAAUAAUUCCCUUCAUAUUUUCGAGAAAUUGGGCCUAAUAUUUGACUUUCUAGUUGGAAGAAUUAGAAUAUAUUUCGAAAUAUUCUCGAAUGUUUCAAUGAGUCACACACAACAUCACUAAAACGGUUUGUGUUAAAAUAAUCCUAAAAUACAUCACAAAAAAAAAUUUGUAAAAGUUCCAGUUUCAGUUUUACAAAAGAAAAAUAGUUUUUAAUUUAUUUUUUUAUACUAUCUUUUAAUCUAUUUUUAUUUUUUGUAAUUAUUUUUAUUAUAAUUUUUACUCGAACUUUUACAAAUUACAGACAAUUUUAUUGUACAAAAAUAUCACUCUCUUGCUUUUGUAUGAAUU